AUGUACGGGCUCGCUGCCGCCCUGCUCUGCGGCCUGGCCGUUGCUGCCCCCAGCUGCCCAGCGCCGACUGCUUCACUAGGAACGCUUCAAACCCUCAAAUACAACUACCUGAGCGCCCAGAACAACGGCACCUCUGCAGUGCUCGUGCACGACCACCUCACCAACGCCAAUGCCCAAAAGCGCUGCGCCGCCAUCGGGGAGGCCCUCUACCCCUUCUCGUCUGCCCCCGCCGCGAACCGCUCCGAGCUAGCGUAUCAGUUUGAUUACCUCGUCUACGCUCAGGACCUGCGCGAUGGCCAAGACGUCUGGGUUGGCGGCGACUGCCAGGCGUACUCGCUCGGUCAGAAGAAGGUCGUUUCUGUGCCGUGCACCCGUCAGCUUCCGGCGCUGUGCACGGCGAAUGUUCCCCCGACGAAGGAUAUCGAUCGGACCGUUGUUCCGUCGUCCAAGGUUACCAUCCGCUCGAAUGAGUAUACCCUGACUGGAUACCGCGAUGCCCGCUCCUUCCGGUUCCUGGGUGUGCCAUUCGCCGAGCCCCCCGUUGGCGAGCUGCGUCUUGCUCCUCCCAAAGAGUACUCUGGCCCCAAGACUAUCGAUGCGACGACGCUCGGGGACUCGUGUAUCCAGUCUUCUAGUUCUGCAAAGAACAUCUCCGAGGACUGUUUGUACCUGAAUGCUUUCACCCCAAUCCUGCCUGAGCGCGCUGGUGCGGUCAAGAAGCCUGUUGCAGUAUACUUCUACGGCGGCGCCUUCACCAGCGGCACCGCGUCCAUCAUCGACUACGACGGGGGCAACUUUGCCAGUCGCAACGAUGUCGUCGUCGUCACCGUCAACUACCGCGUCGGCGCCCUCGGCUGGCUGGCCACUGGCAACAUGACGACCGGCAGCUACGGCACCAGAGAUCAGAUACUGGCCCUUCGCUGGGUGCAAGAGAACAUCGCAGCCUUUGGCGGCGAUCCCAGCCAUGUCACCAUCUUUGGGCAGUCCGCCGGCGGCCAGAGCGUCGUCGCGCUGCUCUCGUCCUCCGCCGCCCGCGGUCUCUUCUCCGGCGCCCUCGUGCAGUCUGCGCCUAUCGAUCUCCCCUGGUACACCCGACAGGUCUACACCGAGCUGGUCGUCCCUCACAUCGCGGACGCAGUCGGCUGCGGCAACGCCACGACCGAGUCCUCGCUCGUCUCGUGCCUCCGCAGCGUCCCAGCAUCCAGCUUCAUCGACAACUCAACCGCCUUCCAAGCCGCGACCUCCGCCAUCGCCACCGACGUCGCAGCCUCCUACCUGCACGUCUCGCAGCUCUUAGCCUCCAUCGAACCCCUCAUGCCAAUGGUCGACGACUCCCACUCCGGCGUUAUCGACAACCACUUCCACACCCUCCUACAAAGCAACACCCUCCCCAACCGCGUCCCCACCUUCUUCACCACCCUCCCCGACGAAGCAGCCAUCUACGUCAACUCGCUCGUCCCCACCCUCGGCUCCACGCAAACCGGCCUAAACACCCUGCUGGGCCUCGCAUACCCACCCGCCCUCGCCGCCGCCCUCAUCAACACAACGGUCUUCACCGCGAACCCAGCCCAGCCCGACUCCGUCCGCAUCGAGGGCGGUCUCGCACUCACACACAGCGAAUGGACGUGCCCGCUCUCGUACCUCCUCCGCAACGCCGGCAACAGCAGUUUCCCCUCGCUCUACAGCGCCCAAAUCACAGACGGCCACGCGCAAUUCAACUCUUCGACACCGGCAAUCUGCAAGCCAAACGCCCUCUACAACGCGACGUGCCACUCCAACGACGUCCUGCCUGCAUGGGGAACCCUAAACUCCAAGACCGUCGACGUGCAGCCGUAUUACGGCGUAAGCGACCUCAAGCACUCACAGCUGCUGAACGAUAUCUUCGGCGCGUUCUUCCGCACGCGAGACCCGAAUCCUGAUGUUAAGGAGCUCGAGGUUCGCGGUCCGGCGUACGCGUACACGAAGACUGUCUUUGGCAGCGGGUAUAGCAUCGACGAGUAUAGCGCUGGAGAGAGCACCGUGUCCCUGCUGGGCGUUGUGCCGAGGAAGGCCGUGGACCCGGGGACGACGGCUCAGUGUGAGGUGUUCGAGGCGUAUGGGUUUACGUUUGAGAAUGCGGCGUUUACGGGGAGUUCUUGA